GAGGCUCACAGAGUUCUUGCAAAAUUCAACUCUCUCUCACUCUUACCAUGCAAAUUCUUCAUUCUCCAUGCUGGUCACAUCUCUCGUUUCAAACCUCAAAAUCAGCAUCAAUAGCUGCUUUACCUUCACCUGAGAAAUGUCUUCAAUUAUCAGCCACCAACUGUUGUUUUCAGCCUCCAAAACUGGAAGGGUCUUUUUGGGGAUUACGUAAACCUUCCAUUUUGAGCUGUGGCACCACUAAAGCUGCUUCCGUUGAAGCUGGUAGCUCUGCAGUGUCAACCGAAACAGCUGAGAAUGAUGUACUGAAAGCCUUGUCUCAAAUUAUUGAUCCAGAUUUUGGAACUGAUAUUGUCUCAUGUGGAUUUGUUAAAGAUCUGCACGUAGAUGAAGCUUUGGGGGAGGUCUCAUUCCGGUUAGAGCUCACGACUCCGGCAUGUCCAAUCAAGGACAUGUUUGAGCAGAGAGCAAAUGAGGUGGUGGCUGCACUUCCUUGGGUCAAGAAAGUCAAUGUCACUAUGUCAGCACAACCAGCCAGGCCUAUUUAUGCGGACCAACUUCCGGCAGGGUUACAGAAUAUUUCUAGUAUUGUGGCAGUUUCAAGUUGCAAGAAAACCAUGCAGGGGGGUGUUGGGAAAUCAACUGUAGCUGUAAACCUUGCUUACACUUUGGCUGGUAUGGGUGCAAGGGUUGGUAUCUUUGAUGCUGACGUCUAUGGUCCAAGUUUACCAACAAUGGUCUCCCCAGAAAACCAACUACUAGAGAUGAAUCCAGAGAAGAGAACCAUUAUUCCAACUGAAUACAUGGGAGUCAAGUUGGUAUCUUUUGGAUUUGCUGGGCAAGGCCGUGCGAUAAUGCGAGGUCCAAUGGUUUCUGGGGUUAUCAAUCAACUUCUGACAACCACUGAAUGGGGAGAGCUGGAUUACCUUGUUAUUGACAUGCCACCUGGAACCGGCGAUAUCCAACUUACUUUAUGUCCGGUUUUUCCAUUAACUGCUGCUGUUAUUGUUACUACCCCUCAAAAACUAGCAUUCAUCGAUGUUGCAAAAGGAUUUCGAAUGUUUUCAAAGCUUAAGGUGCCAUGUUAGCUGUAGUUAAAUAUGUGCCACUUUGUGCUGAUGGAAACGCUAUUA